AACUGCAAGUCCCAUCAUGCACCUUGCUCACCGACGAAUUCCGGGGGAGGGAAAUUUCACGUGUUGUCUCUGCUCCCUGUGAGAGACUCUUGAAAUUUUAGCCUUUUAUCUGAUGACCUAAUUUUCCGCCCUCUCAAUAUGACCUCCGCCGGAAAUACAAUGGAUGAUGACGACACGUUUAAGAUUCUCAUUGCCACUGAUAUCCACCUGGGCUACCUGGAGAAAGAUGCUGUCAGAGGAAAUGACACGUUUGUGACGUUUGACGAGAUAAUGAAAUACGCAAAAGAACAUGAUGUUGAUUUUGUGUUGCUCGGUGGGGAUCUUUUCCAUGACAACAAGCCGUCUCGGAAGGCCAUGCACAGCUGUAUGGAGAUCAUGCGGAAAUACUGCAUGGGUGACAAUCCGAUCCUGUUCGACAUCCUGAGUGACCAGGCUGUCAACUUUGGCAACAGCAGAUUCCCAUGGGUGAACUACCAGGACGAAAACCUGAACAUUUCCAUUCCUAUUUUUAGCGUGCAUGGAAACCAUGAUGAUCCAACUGGGGCUGAUGGACUCUGUGCUCUGGACCUGCUGAGCUGCGCUGGUUUUGUGAAUCACUUUGGCCGCAGCCGUUCAGUGGAAAAGCUGGAGAUCAGUCCGGUUCUGCUGCAGAAAGGCAGCACCAAGAUCGCACUCUACGGUAUUGGUUCUAUCCCGGAUGAGAGACUGUACCGGAUGUUUGUAAACAACCAGGUGACCAUGCUCCGCCCACGAGAGGACGAAGAAAGCUGGUUCAAUCUGUUCGUCAUCCAUCAAAACCGGAGUAAGCAUGGAGCCACCAACUACAUCCCCGAGCAGUUUCUGGAUGACUUUCUGGAUCUGGUGGUUUGGGGACAUGAGCACGAGUGUAAAAUCACUCCAGCCCGAAACGAGCAGCAGCUCUUCUACGUCACGCAGCCCGGCAGCUCUGUGGUCACGUCACUGUCUCCGGGGGAGGCGGUCAAGAAACACAUUGGCUUGCUCCGGGUGAAGGGGAGGAAGAUGAACCUGCAGAAGAUUCCCCUGCAGACUGUCCGUCAGUUUCUGAUUGAAGACGUGACGCUGGCUGACUACAGUGAGCUCUUCAGUCCAGAGCAGCCCAACGUCACCCAGAAAGUGCAGGCUUUCUGCCAGCAGAAGGUGGAGGAGAUGCUGGAGGAGGCGGAGAGGGAGAGACUGGGGAAUCCGCUGACACCUGAGAAGCCACUCAUCCGACUGAGAGUGGACUACAGUGGUGGGUUUGAGUCGUUUAAUACGAUGCGCUUCAGUCAGAAGUUUGUGGAUCGAGUUGCCAACCCCAAAGAUAUUCUGCAUUUCGUCAGACACAGAGAAAGCAAGGACAAUGUUAAAGAAGAGGCUAUUGACUUCGAUAUGCUUCUCUCUCGACCGUCUGCGGAUAUUCUACAGUUACGGGUGGAAGAUCUCGUCAAGGAGUACUUCCAGACUGCAGAAAAGAACAUGCAGCUGUCUCUGCUGACGGAGCAGGGCAUGGGGAAGGCCGUGCAGGAGUACGUGGAUAAGGAGGAGAAAGACGCGAUAGAGGAGCUGAUUAACUACCAGCUGGAGAAGACGCAGCGCUUCCUCCGAGAGAGACGGGUGGAGGCCAGCGAGGAGAAGAUCGACGAGGAGAUUCGCCGCUUCCGAGACUCAAAGAGAAACACGGCAGAGGAAGAUGAAGAAGUGAAAGAGGCUAUUAAUCGGGCAAAAGCUCACAGGGACAAAGACCCAGGCGAUUCUGUCAGAAGUGACGACAUCACCCUGUCAGAUGAGCCAGGUGACGUUGGCAUGGAUUCAGAUGAAGAUUCAGUUCCUGCACCGUCGAGUCGAGGAAGAGGACGAGGGUCAAGAGGAGGACGUGGGGGAAGAGGCCAGAGCACUUCAACAAGAGGAAGAGGAAGAGGUUCUGGCUCCCAGUCGGGGCGCGGAGCUCGAGGACAGAAGACCUUAUCCAGUCCUGUUAAAACCAAAUCCAUCAUGGAGGCCUUCCAGGCUCCAGCUUCAAGAACGUCCCGUGGAGCUGCCAAAAAAUCCUACGCUGAAGAGGUCAUCAUAGACGAUAGCGAUUCAGGAGACGACUCCUCCUUUGUUCCAUCCAAACCUGUUCCAAGAACAUCGUCUGCCACAUCCAGUAGAAGGGGAACCCAGAGCCAAAGCCAGAGCCAGUCAUAUAAAGGUGUUUGCUUUGACGACGAUGAUGAUGAUGAUGAGUUUGACCCGUUUAAAAGCUCAGGUCGACAGGGACGAAGAUGAGUGGGCAGAUGGACAGAACACCCUCAAUUCACCCUCAUCAGUUCACCCUCACUUUAAUCCUGUCCUGAACCUGCUGGUUUGUUGGGAUCCUCACUUCAGAAACCUUUGCCAUGAGUCACCUACAUCUUCACUAGCCCCUUAUCGACUUUCAUUAAAAUUUAAUUUUGUAAUCAAAUAAAUGCUAUUAGUUUUCUGCUUUUUUAGGGUCUUUCUAGGGUCUAUCAUGGUACAUGUUGGAUACGGUUCCCUCUGAGCUCUUGGUAUGUUUGGUGUAGCUGUACUGCUUGAGUGCUCUCUGUGACUUAAGGUUAUUUUAAAGUCCAGAAGCGAUCUCUUGAAAUAGGAGUUAAUGUGCCGUGAGGAAGCACACAAACAAGAGUUCAGAACAUACAGCUUGAGCUCUGGUUGUAGUGGGCGAUACUAUGAUUCAGUGAUGAGCCUUGAGCUAGACCUCCCAAACAAACCAGCAGUAUAUAUGAUAAUAAGAUUCGAUUUUUCAGCAUUUUGGUUUUUUUUGUUGUUGUUUUCUUUAACCCUGUUGGAACUGCGUAACUUUGAACAUGCGGAGGUGAGGUCAUGUAUUCUUAAUAAAGGUUGUUCUUAAAAUAUAUGAUUGAUUUACACAGGAUAAGAAAUCUCAGUAUGAAUGAUUUAGAUGGGAGCAGCUACUCGAUUUAUGCACUGUUGUCUUUUCCAAAAAACAUAACAACCAAACUUAUAACUAAGUUCUAAUAAUAUUAAACUUUUAGCUUAAAAAUUAGCAGCUGCAUGUUCAGAUCACAUCUGUAGGUUAUAAGCCACCUGAUAAGAAUCUGGAGUUUGAUACCUCUGGUAAAAUGAGUCAUAAAAAUUACCUGAUUAAAAUUAAUCGCAUGCGGAUAUACUGUUAAAAUGUCAGUAAAUAUUCAGUCUAAUACUGUAGAAAAUUUGUUUUUGCUGCUUUUCUGAAGCACAGGAGAAGCAUGAGGACGUGUUUACUACAUACAUGAGUUAAAGAAAUGGAUAUUGUCUCUUUUUCAUCAUUGUCACAUCAGCUAAAAGACACAAAAAUCAGCUAAAAGAGACCAACAUCACCUUGGCGCUCUCUCGAGGAUCCAGCAGCUGAUGUCAAGCUGCAUGACCCGGGAUUCAAACCAGCAAUCUCUUAAUCAUAGUGGCUCGGACUCCAUCGUCAGGUUUAUUACAUAUUUCAGUUGACAGCAGUGUGUAAAUCGAGUAGCCACUCCCAUUUCAAUCAUUCAUAUUUUUUAUCCUGUGCGAAUAGUCAUAAAUUUUUCAAAAAAACACCUUCUUAUGCAAAACUAAUCCUUUAUUUGAUGGAAUUUUUACCCACAUAUUGAUUCAAACUUGAUUGAUAUAAAACUCAGCACAUUUGGAAAUUUGAGUUUGUUUGGUAGAUUUGGUAUUUCUUUGUUGAAACAAUGCUAUAAUUGCAAUAAUUAGCAUACCAUUGGAAGGCCUGUUAAUUUCUCUUUUAAAUGGUGCCACAUUUGAGCAGGGAUGAGCAGCAGAGCUGAGUAUGUGGGUUGCGUCCAUUAAACAAAUUGCCAAAUCUUCUUUGCCAAACAGUUUAUUCUGCCAUUGACUCAUUUGGUGUUUGAUGUUCUUUUUUGGGUGUCAUCUUCUUGAGAUGCUCACUUUGCGACCUGUCUCUGACGGUAAUCAUGAUAAUUAUGUUAAAUUAAAUUAUAUUUAAUUUGAAGAUGGUACCAGGGUUCAGUCCAAAUAAUGACAAUUAUAUGGACAAUUAUAACACCAGCUUGAAGUUGCCAUAUCACACCGGCCUCAUCCAAAUUAGUCCAACUUGGGAUGUGCUACACCUGGGAGUACCAGAAGCUCAAAACAAGUGUCAAUUCAACAGCAACAGCAAAAUAAGCUGUUUGGCAGUGGUAGAGAAGAUCUGGCAACCCACUCAGCUACUCCGCUCUGCUGCUGCUCAUCCCACAAAUGCAUGUUCCUUACAAAUGUGGCUCCAUUUCAAAGGGAGAACAAUGAACAGGCUUUCCAGCAGUAUGAGAUUUGUUGCCAAGAUGCAUUAUUACAACAAAGAAACACCAAAUCUACCGUAAAUCUACCAAACACAAAUUUCCUUACUUUUUGUGCUACGUUUAAUAUUCUGGUGUAAUUCGUACAGCUCAUUUUACUGGAGGUAAAAAAAAAAAUAAAACGCAAUCCGUGAAAAAAUAACUAAACCAAAACAUAAGAUGGCUAAAGUAAUUUAAGAUUUUCAAUAAUAAUGACUUUACCCCACCUCCCAAAGAAAAAAAAAAAAAAAGAAUCCCUUCCAAAUAGGGCUAUUUUUCAGUUCCACAAACAGCAAGUUCAUGCAAUAAUAUGUAACAUAAUUAAUGACAUGUUCAGGAAACGUUCAUUGUUUUCUAUAAAAGUCUGUUCUUUUAACUAUAGUUCUAACAGCACUGCUAAAAAAAACGAGCUGUUUAUCUAUAUAAACCUGUAAGAAUCAGUCUGUGUUUGAGCUGUUAGUAAACUUUUUUUCACAUUUUC